CCGUUCUGUCGUUCCCCGCUCUUUGUUCUUUAUGUAGUCUUAUUUUUAUUUAUUUUAUUAAUCUUUCAUUUAAUAUGCUUCAUUACAUGCCGUCCUGCUAAGCCAAAAACUAAAACAUUCCAUUGAAAUUUUCUUUCGCCCUCUGUAGACUAACAUCCCCCAAAAGUUAGGAAUUGGCUUCUUUCUACACUAAGGAAAAAUGAAAUGCCUAGCAAACACAGUUUGAGGAUGGAUGGAGCUAAUAUCUCUUGGCACUCUCCUCCCUACCCUGAAAACCAGAACUGAAAGCGAAUGGGGAUUGAAUUGCUCUGCCUUUUUUUCCUAUUUCUACAAAGGAAUAGAAAUGUACAAGGAAAUUGUGAUUCAGGGAGUGCCAUGAACUGUGAAGAUUGUUUGCUUUCUGGACCAAGCUGCCGCUGGUGUUUCCAAGAGAAUUUUACUGAUCCAUCUGGAAUUCAUAAAAGGUGUGACACUCUUGAAAAGCUUAUUUCAGAAGGAUGCCAGCUGAAUUUAAUUGAAUUUCCCAUUUCCAAAGUAGAGAUCCAUGAAAACAAGCAGUUGAGUGGUGGGCCACAAAUAAAUGGUUCAGAAGUUACUCAGAUUUCUCCUCAAAAGAUAACUGUUUUCCUACGGCCAGGAAAUGAAGAAACAAUACAGAUCAAUGUCCGUCAGACUGAAGAUUGUCCAGUUGAUCUCUACUACCUCAUGGACCUUUCAGCUUCUAUGAAUGAUGAUCUGCAAACCAUUAAGGAACUGGGGUCUAUCUUAUCCAAAGAAAUGUCUAAGCUCGCAAGUAGUUUUCAGAUGGGCUUUGGGUCUUUUGUUGAAAAACCAGUUUUACCAUUCAUUAAUAUUCUGACAGAAGAGCUACAAAAUCCUUGCCGAAAUUACGCACUUGAUUGUUUGCCAACAUUUGGAUACAAGCAUGUUCUCUCAUUGACAAAUGACUCAGAAAGAUUCAAUGAAAUUGUGAAAAAGCAGAAAAUCACUGCAAAUUUAGAUACUCCAGAAGGAGGAUUUGAUGCAAUUAUGCAGGCAGUCGUUUGUAAGGAAAAAAUUGGCUGGAGAAAUGAUUCAUUACAUCUAUUAGUGUUUGUGAGUGAUGCUGAUUCUCAUUUUGGGAUGGAUAGUAAAUUAGCAGGAAUAGUUAUUCCAAAUGAUGGAAAAUGCCAUUUGAAUCAACAGAAUGAAUACUCCAUGUCAACUGUUUUGGAAUAUCCAACUUUAGGACAAUUGAAAGAGAAAAUUGUGCAAAACAACAUUCUGCUAAUUUUUGCAGUCACCAAGGAACAAGUUCAUUUGUAUCAGCAAUAUGCAGAUCUUAUUCCUGGAGCUACUGUUGGAAGACUACAGCAUGAUUCUGGAAAUGUCCUCCAGUUGAUUAUAGAUGCAUAUAAGUCACUCAGGUCUGAGAUAGAGCUGGAGGUGCUAGGGGACACAGUUGGAUUAAAACUUGCUUUCACUGCCAUCUGCAGUCACGGCUCUACCUUUCCACACCAGAAGAAAUGCUCUCAUAUUAAAGUGGGAGAACAAGUCACUUUCAAUGUGACUUUAGGUUUGAGCCCUUCAGCUUGCAGUGAAGGGAGAAAGAAAGUCCUAAUCAAGCCCACUGGUCUAAAUGAAGCAUUAGAGAUUGAGAUCCAGCCCGAAUGUAGCUGUCAUUGUCAGAAGGAAAUGGAGGUGAACAACUCCAAGUGCAACUACGGGAAUGGUUCUUUUGAGUGUGGGGUAUGUGUGUGUAACCCCGGCUACGUGGGUCCAGACUGUAAAUGUAGCGAAAAAGAGACACUGAAUACAGAGUCCUGUAAAAGUUUCCCAGAACAGAUCUUGUGCAAUGGAAGAGGUGACUGCUAUUGUGGACAAUGUAUUUGCCACCUUUCAGCAUACGGACAUAUAUAUGGCCCAUACUGUGAAUGCGACGAUUUCUCUUGUGGCAGACUUAGAGGGCAGCUCUGUGGAGGUAAUGGGGAUUGUGACUGUGGUCAAUGCAUUUGCCACCAUGGCUGGACAGGUGAAUACUGUAACUGUACCACAGAUACCGAGAGUUGUAUUUCUAAUGAUGGCAUCAUCUGCAGUGGGAGAGGCAAAUGUGUGUGUGGAAAAUGUAUAUGCACAAAUUCUGGGGUUUCAGGCAACGUCUGUGAAAAAUACCCUACAUAUGAUGAUCCUUGCAGCUCUAAAUGGAGCUGUGUGGAAUGUUAUCUAGCUUCUGCUGAUCUAACGCAUGAGGAAGACUGCGCUGAAAAAUGUAAAUUGGUUGAUGCAAUGAUCAGUCAUGAUGAAGAUAUUAUGGAAGACAAAUGGAUUCGUUGUGUGUUACAAGGGAAAAAUGAAUCUAUUAUCACAUUUCAGAUGACAGCUAAUGAACAGGGAAAAGUCAUCAUUCACAACAUAAAGCAAAAAGAUUACCCACAACCUCCAAAUAUUACAAUGAUUAUGUUGGGUGUCUCUACUGCAGUAGUUGUCACCGGGAUUGUAUUACUUUCCAUGUGGAAAUUGUUUAUUUCAUUUGAAGAUCGUAAAGAAGUUGCUAAAUUUGAAGCAGAGAGGUCAAAGGCCAAAUGGCAAACAGGAACAAACCCCCUCUACAAAGGCUCCACAACAACUUUUAAGAAUGUAACAUACAAGCAAAAAGAAAGGCAAUGUGGCAGUCCUGCCAAUGCAUACUAAUAAUUCAAAAUUAUGAAGAAAGCAGUUCUGGAAAACUUUUAUUUAAAAAAGGAAGUUUGCUCUAUUUUCUUCUAAAUCUAUUUGAAUCGAUCUAGUAAAAACUACUAAAGUGGUAUGAAAGUUUUAAGGUGAGAGUAUAUGUGCUUUUAAAAGUUGGAAUGUUUUGGAACCAGGGAGGAAGCUGAGCAGCAGUAGAGGAGAUUAAAUGACAAAGAAACAUCUGGGCUUGUAGGAACGCACCAAUUAAGCAUGACAUGAAAAUAAUAUCUGGUGCAAUUUUGCUGUAAUGAGAUUUGGGAAUUGGUCUGAAUGACCUUUCAAGAAACCCAUUUCAAGUAUUCCUUCUGAUCUCAAAGUAAUUCAAGAUGUUGGAACAAACCAUCUUCUCAAUCUCUGCUAAGGAGUACAGCUCAGCUAGUUUUAUCGGUCCCAAUCGGCAUUUUACUGCAAGUUUAAGAUAUACCUUUAGAAUAUUUGCACCUUAAAUGUGACCAGAUAAAGAAACAGAUUUCAGUUUUCCAAUAAAGAAAACGUGAGAGAGAAAAGUGUUCAGGAUUAUUAAUAAAAUAUCCAGCACUUACAGCUGUAUUCUUAACCAUGGUGCAAUCGUAUGUCUUCUGUUUUGAAGUCCCAUGAAGUUAAAUGAGACAAUUUCCUAUGAAAUGUUUAGCCCUCUAGAGGAGCAAAAGCCCUCUGGAUUAAGAAGAGCUAUGUUGACUACAGAUGAAUCAAGGUGGUAGUGAGAAAUACGUUGCUAAGAACAUGAUAUAUAGGUAUAGCCACUAGACUUUUUCUUCGGUAUCUUUCAGAUUCCUCACCCAUUUGGUUUUUGUACUGUAUCCAGUGGCAUCUCUUUGGUGAACAGCCAUUUUGCCCUUCAGGGCAACCAGAAAUGUACCAUUUCCUUCCCAAAUUACAAUAUAUCUAAUGACCCCAACCAUUGGGGAACCUAUGAUUAAUGGAGUUGUUUUUUUUCCAAAUAUAUAAAUAAGAUUUAUCAGCUAUGCUGCAAAUCUGGUUUUUAAUAAUGCAGAUUUUUAAAGGUUUUUUGUAAAAACAGACUAUUUGUGUUUUAUCUUGAAGAAUAUGUUUGGUAAUGGUGAUGGGAGUUUUUACUAUGAAUGUACUGUGAAUUUAAAACACUGGAAACGUCUUUUGUUAUUUUUACUGAAAUAGUUUUGACCCAAGGCUGGACCUAAAAUAAGGCCAAAACAUUUUCAGUACCAUAAUAUUAUUAUUACUCAUUGGAGUCCUUUGGCAUUAUUUUCUAAUAUGCAAAUGGCACACUUUUUUUUUUAAAAAAAAAAAGAAUGUUAUGUUACAUUUUUAAUUUGUUGAUAUGUAAAUUGAUUUAAUUGUUUUCACAUAGAUUCUGUGAUAUAAAAUGGGUACAUAAAAGAAAGUCAAAUAUUC